AUGAUCCGGACGCUUGCCCGUGCGACAGUCCAGCCAUCGAUGAGAACACUGGCUCAUCCACGACUACUCCUGGGCCAGAGAUUGGCCCCCGCCGCACGCCAGCCUCAGCAGCUCCGCCCCCUCUCUCUGUUCAACGCGGUGCCUUUCCUCGGGCGGAGGCGCGUCGACCGAGACCUGAAGGCCGUACUAGACCAGGCACUCUCCAUCAAAGGCCCAGAACAGAAGCAGCACGUCUUCUUCGACGUGGCACGCCGCUUUGCCGCCAACAACGGCGGGCCAGACGGGCUGGAGUUCAAGAGCCCCGGGGGCGCCCUGAAACUCAGAAGCAACACACACGUCUCCAGGAGUCCACAGCGUGGUCAGCAACGUCCUGAAGACUGCCAGUGCAGCGCCGACAAGGUUGGCUUCCACAACAUGCGGUACGCCAUUGACAUUUCAAAGCCGCAGAGGUGGAAGGUCUGGGCUGCGGUCGAAGCCGAGCUGAGGCCCCCUAAAGGUAGCUCCUCGCCGGCGGUUUCUGCGCAAGAAGCCAUCGACUCGAUUCUUGUACAGGCAGUCGCUUGGAUCGUCGUACGUGAGUGUGGGGAGUUUCAAAAGAAACUGACAGCGGACACCAAGGAGACUGCGAACGGGGAGCCGGGUGCAGUCAGUCGGGUUCCUGACGAGAUCGACCUUGAGCUGCUUGUAUGGGACACUGUCAUUCCUUUGGAGGUCGAUACCCGUAAAUUGGGUAUAAGUACUUACUGGGUGGGAAAGCUUGGCGAGGGGCGGCCUUGGAAGAAUACCUGGUUUCCUAUUUUCCUUCCUUUCCCAUUCUUGGAUUUUUGA